CGAGUCGGAGAGUGCCGGUUGGCCGUCACUCUCACAGAUAAAAACAACAGUGCGAGAAAAAGCUCUAGCUGGGUAUAAAAGCAAGUGUCGAACAGCUACAGAAAGUUCAAUUUCCAAUCGGGCUUUGCUGCGAGGACGUCGAGUACCAGUGGAGGUGUCGCAUCUACAAAAACAAAACACUGUAAUCAAGAAAAAGAAUCACCAACAAUAAAAGACAAGAAAUCCUAAUUUCAACUCGCAUAAGAUCAUUUUCAAACGAAAAUCCAAUAUGUCUGAGGCACACUAUGAUGAAUACGAGCACUACAACUUCGACCAUGACAAACACAUCUUUUCGGGCCACAGCGGCAAGCAGCGCUCCAAGAAGGAGGCCAGUGAGCACACCAACCACUUCGACCCGUCGGGCCACUCGAGAAAGAUUUUGACCAAACUCAUGAACACCAACAACAACAAGAAGACUGUGAAAAACUGAUGCCAAAGGCACGUCAUAGCAGAGACACAAAUACAGAGAAAAACUUGAGCAGAAAAGUGCGAAAAAGAAAAAAUUAAAGGCAGUUAUUGAAUUUGAAGUUGGAAGAAGAAACGCAAAACACUGAAUAUAAACUGAAAAUUAGAACGAAAGAAAGAGCAACAGAAGAGGUCGCUGCAGCGGCAGCUGGCACUGUCAGCACACGCUGGAAAACUACAAAAAAAAAAAAAGAAGAAAACAUAUAAAAAGCACUGGAAUUACUUAUUGAUUAGUUCUAGUUUAUAAAAAUUUCCUAAACUUAAUACACUUACAGACUUAUAAUUUUAAUAUUAAGCUUAGUGCGAUUCAAAUUAUGAAGUUUGCUUUAGGUAUAACUUAUAAAAUAAAAAGAAAACUGAAACUAA